CCAGACUUUACCACUAAACAGCACGCGGCGACAGAUCCUCUCGAACCUGAGACCAUACAGAACUGGGUCGAUAUCUUCGCAUUAAACGCCAUCGCCCCAUUUUUUGUCGCCCGCGCCUUCCAAUCCCUCCUCAUCAAAGGAGCAUAUUUCCGCCCCCGAGGCACCUCAAGCGUCAUCAACAUCAGCAGCAUCGCAGAAAGAAUCAACACACCGGGGCCCUGAGCAUGGCUUAUGGUGUGACGAAAGCAGCCUUGGACAAGCCCACCCUCGUUCUUGGGACGAGUUUUGCUGUGAGAGGUAUCCCGGUUCGGGUGAACGUGCUGCAGCUUGGCUCGUUUGCAUCGCAGCUGAUAGGUCCUGAAAUUUUGGAGAUUAUCAAGACGAAGCCUGCACCUGGUGCUGUAGCGCCGAUGCAUGGGUCUGAUGCAGAGAUUGGGACGACAGCGGUCUACCUAGCGGUAUCGGACUACACCAAUGGGGCGGUUAUGUGUGUUGAUGGCGGAACAUCGCCCGUAAAUCCUCGAAUGUUUUGUUAUUUGACGUAG